AAUUUACGGAAAACACAAUAAUAUAAAUUAAAAGAAUUACAAAAAUAGUAUUUAAAGCCUCAAAAAUUUUUAAAACCAAUAAAUUUCUAUUAAAAUCCAUUUAAGUUGACAUUUUAUUAAUGUGCAAAUAAUUGACAAAAUCUGUUGUCAUUUUUUUGCGUUGUCUGGCAAAAAUAGCGGGUUUGAGUUUCUUUGUUUCACAACAAAAAAAGCAGCAAAUUUGUUAAAUUUUAUUGAAAAUAAUCAAAAAUAAACAAAAAAAUAAUUAUGUCAACCUAAUAAACAAUUAAUAGAAAAUAUCAAUGUAAUGCUACAAAAUAUAUCGGUUUGUGUAAUUAAAAUCGAAAUCGAUUCACCAACAAGUGAGGAUUUUGGAAACGCUGGUGCCGUUUCAUCAGAACAUCCCAACAAUCCAAGAGUGCAAAAAGAACGCGAACGUGAUCGUGGUUUACGCCAUUCAUCACAAAUUACCAUUGAAACGUAUACGAAUAAGCUGUGGUCCCAGGACGAGGAAGAUUGUGUUUCUGCCAUUGCCGAAAUGAGUAGUAUGAGCGAAAAGAAACCUUUGUCGGAGAAGCGUCAAAGAGAAAUGCCCACUUCUAGCAGUAGCCGUGAAACGACACCUUUGGAAGAGGGUCAAUGUGUUUCGGAAUUUCCCAAAGAAAUUGGUUUCUUUUCGGGUAAUCCCAGUGUAGAGGUUACCAAUGGCAUUAUACAUUUAUAUAAGAAAAAUGAACGCAAGGAAAUCAAAGAGGCUCCUUCUAAUCAAAUUUGUCUAUUGGCUGUACCGGCUAGUUUGAGUUGUCAUGAUCUUUUAAGCUUUGUGGCUCCAUGCCAUUCGGAAAUACAACAUAUACGUAUCGUACGCGAUGGUUGUCCUAAUCAAUUUAUGGUUUUAUUGGAAUUUCGAUCCAAUGCAGCCGCUUUAGAAUUUUAUCAAACAUACAAUGGUGCUGCUUAUAAUUCUUUAGAACCCGAUUCACUUUGUCAUGCUGUAUGGGUAUCAGAAAUUGAAAGAGGAGAAGAUGGAGUACCACCCAUGGGCCAUACUGAACUACCAACGUGCCCUGUUUGUCUGGAACGCAUGGAUGAAAGUGUUGAUGGUGUACUUACUAUACUGUGUAAUCAUGCCUUUCACGCCAAUUGCCUCAUCAAAUGGGGUGAUUCCACCUGUCCCGUGUGUCGUCAUGUCCAGACGCCUGAACUUAUGGAAAAUUCCGUUUGCAUGGAAUGUGAAGGCACCGACUCGUUGUGGAUCUGUUUGAUUUGUGGUCAUGUAGGUUGUGGACGUUAUCAAGGUGCUCAUGCUGCCGCACAUUAUCGUGCCACCAAUCAUACUUUUGCCAUGCAAUUGGGAACUUCUAGUGUUUGGGAUUAUGCGGGUGAUAAUUUUGUACAUCGUUUGUUUCAAAAUAAAACCGAUGGUAAAUUGGUGGCCACACAGGCGCCCAAUGAUGAAGGCGAAGAAAAAAUUGAUUCUAUGCAAUUGGAAUUUACUUAUUUAUUAACAUCACAACUGGAUACACAAAGAAAAUAUUAUGAAGAGCGUAUGGAACGUUUAGAGCAGGAAUGGCGUGAUUUUCGCAGUAGCGCAGAAGAAUCGAAAGGGAAAAUGGACACAAUGGAGCAACGCAUACAAACUUUAACCAAAGAAAAACAAACUGUAGAGAGAAAAUUGCAACAAAAUAAUACCAAACUCAAAGAACUGCAAAAACAAUUAUCCGAAGAACAGGAAAUAUCACGAGCAUUACAAAAUAAUCACAAUUCUUGGCACAUCAAAUACAAACAACUUGAACAACAAUAUAAAGAAUACAAAGAGGCCAAGGAACUAGAAUUGAAUUCUAUAAAAGAACAAUUACAUGAUAUCAUGUUUUAUAUGCAUGCCCAAAGUAAAAUUGCCGAAUCUGAUCUAAAAGAUGAAAUCGCAGGCGGUACAGUAGUGGUGCCUGAAACAGAAGCACCUUCUACUAGUUCGGCUAAGGCAAAUCGUCGCAAGAAAAAACAUUAAAUGAAACUUAUAACUGGAACAAGGAAUGUGGGAAAUAGUUGUUUACAAUUAGUGGUUACUUGUUUGGAAAGGUUUUAAAACGAUUAAAGUCUAAAUUCUUUUUUUAUAGCUAUUACUGCAACAACAACAACAUACAUAUUAACUAAUAUUCUUAAUUAAUUUUUUAUAUAUAUAUUUAUAUUUAUUAUUAAAUGUGUUUUUCAAGAAAAAAAAGCGCUUCAUCAUUAUUUUGUGCAUCAAAAA